AGCACACUAGUUACAAUUAAUAAAUGUAAUAAGAAUGAAAUGAAUAUUCACUUAUUCAGACGGAAAAAAAUGGCGCUAGAAUCGAUAGUUUCUCUCUCGGAGCUUCUCUCUUCCCUUCUCUCGUCGAAACCGCCGUCUCCGUCGAGUCUGAAACCUAUCACGCUUCCGUCUUCCGUAUCCGCAAGAUCGUCACAGCAUUUGUCGAUGACAACGACGACGAAGAUUUUAACGGCCGAGCACGAGGACGUCAUCAAUCGAGUGGCGUAUCCUUCGCUGGCGAACGCGAGUCUCGUCUUCUUCAAGUCCGGUUACUACAACGUCGAGGUGGUGCCUAAAGAAGGCGAAUCGGAGGAGCAGCUGUUGAACGAUUUCAAGAGGUCGUGUUUCAGAGCCGGUGUGUUGCAGGAAUCUCGAAGACGACGAUUCUUCGAGAGCUCUCAGGAGAAAAGGAUACGGAAGACCAAAGAAGCUGCUAAGAAGUAUCGGAAAAGGAGACCAAACCCUAAACCAAAGCCGCAAUCAACUUCAGAGAUCCGCAAGAACAGAAAUGUAUCCAGAGAAGACGAAGAAGAAGACCACUGGGAACUUCCUCCUGAGGACAUUGAGAUUCCGUAUACAAACCGGUCUUAGAAGUAAACCGGAAUAUCAUUCCAGUACACUGAUGUGAACAAUCUCAAUCACGCAUCUGCAUUUUGUAAAGCCACUCUUUUGUAUCUCUCCCUGCACAUUAGAGUUCCCUUGAUGUUCUUAGCUUGAGUCGUUAGAAAAGUUUCA